UCUCCCUGGCUGAGCAGGAAUGGGGAAGCUGACCUGCAGUUCAUGCGCUGGGUCUGACCAUAGAAAGUGAUGUUUUAGUGUUUAGUGCAGAUUGCAGUAAGGCGUUUGUGGCGGCCAUCCUCUCAGGCCCCCCUCUGCGGACCUGUGCACGGGUAGCGCUCUUCCCGGUCCGGCAGGGGGUGCGGCGCCAUCGCUCUGUCUCCAAGCCCCCCCCCCCAGGUAGACAUGCAGCUGAGUCACGACUCCCAUUCCUUGAAACUGAGGAGCAGCCUUCCUGGAAACACCCCCUCCUGUCCUGAUUGUUUCACAGAAAUGCAAACCUGUGAGCCGGCCCAGAAGUCUGCCCCCUGCUGGUGAUGCCGGCGGUGGUCAUGCUUGCCUGUGAAACUGCUGGCUGCUGAAUGGGCCUGUUUGUGAUCAGAGUGGAAAGGAGUGAGGAGACGGCUGACUGAAUAUUCUUUAGGGCUGAUGGUCUUCAGUACCUUCUUAAUGAGCUUCAUCAGAGCACAAGAUCAGGCAUGGAAACUGAGGAAGCGCCCAUGAACCCAGCAGCUCCCCCCUCCCCAGCCUUGGCUCGUACCCCUAGCUGUCCCAUGCGAUUGGGCCACUGCCCCAGACCCUGCCUCUGUACAGCCAGCCCCUCCCCGUUUGGCCCCAGCAAUGACUCCUCCAGGCCCCCUCCCACCCCCCCACAAAGCACUUAAUGUAUUAUUAUUAUUGGAAUUGAAUUGCCAGCUUUAAACCAAGUGUUGAUUCCUAGUGAAGAAAAUGUCAAAUAAAUUUAUUGAAUGUUAAGUGUCUGUGUGCGAGUGGUUAUUAAACUUCGGUUGUGACUCAUCGCGUAGUUGUAUAAUACUUAACUGCUUCUGUCCACCAGGGGGCAGUGCGGGGCACCGCAUAAGUGGACGCUGAAGCACAGCUGGUUGUUAGCCUACACUUACAGUUAUGCAAAUUUUCCUAAGAGCUUGCAUUGUUCAGAUGGCCCUGAGCGCACACAAUGCAGACUAAGGAGGUGGCGAGAGAGCGCGAGUACCGUAUCUGCGUGUGGCCUGUGAUGGAUCGCCUUGCCUUUCUGCCAAGCAGAGGUUAUUGCCAUGACGAUCCUCAGAGCCGUGUCACUUGUCCUGCACGUCCUCGCCCUGAGUGUCCAUGGGGACGCCUCUUCGCCAGGUUUCUCCCUACCCCCGUGUAAUGUGACGCUCCAAACUCUGGAUCUGGGCAGCUUCCUGCACUGGGAAUGCCCCCCGAUGCCCCCCAACACCACUUUCACGGUCGAGACCCGCACGCAGGGAAAGCCCAGGUGGAAGAAGGUGGCGCAGUGCACUGCUGUGACCUCCCGUAGCUGUGACCUCUCACAGGCCUUCACCAAAUUAGCCCUGUACAACUUCAUCCGGCUGUAUAGGACGACGCCUGGAGAGCAUCCAGCCUGGACGUGGCAGGGCAAGGUUGAUCUGAUGGUCUUCAGCGCCCCCUCCCUUACCCUGUCUCUCAAUGGAAGCUGGCUGAGAGUAGAGCUGUGGUUCCCCACCUCUCUCAGCAAGUCCCUCUGCCCAGACAAAAUGACCUGCUCUGUUGCUACGGUGAUGAAGCCCACAACCGACAUUAUGGUGUAUGAGGUGCACCAACCCUGCGGACACCAGCCUCUGGAGUUCUCUGGUGCUCCAGCGACCUCCUCCUCCACCUGUGAUCACCUCCUCCAUCUGCCCCCAUGGCAGACACACAACCUGCAGGUCAUGGAGGAGCCGGUGAGCUUUGAAUUCGAGAAUCUGAAGGAGGGAUGGAGCUACUGUGCGGUGGCCAACUUCACGGGCAGCGCCACGGCUGCCCCUAGCUGCAUCUCCCUGCCCCCCCGGGUCACAGUGCUGAAGCCCCUGCUGCUGACUCUGGGGGCUUGCGGUAUACUCUUCAUCUCUGCAGCCAUCCUCUUCCUCUUCAGAAGAUACUGGCCGUCGACUGAGUCCCCUCUCCCCAGACCUCUGGGCUCUCUGCAGGACUUCUCCUCCCGGGAGCUGGCCAUGUCACCGGAGGACUGUGCUGGAGACCACCUGUCUAUCUUGUCCCUGUCGGCGUCCAACUCCAGCCCCGCCUUGCCCGCGGCAGCAGACACCCUGCGGGAUGACUUCAGCAUUCCAUGUGGUUACUAUGACAACCCGCUUUGUCCAGACUCCAUGGGUGAGGAGUUUUGGGAAGACUGGGAAGCAAGCGGCGGCGUUCCCUUGCCGGACCAUGAGGCGGCGGGGCCGUGUGGAUCCCCUAUGGGCCCUUUGGCACCCUGUGACGGAAUGCGGCAACUCCCUUUAGGGAGUGGGGGCCCCUGGGACAUCCCUCUCUGCUCGGUGAGGCUGGCCCCCCCCGAAGCGGAGGCUCUCCAGGACUGGAUCCACCUUUCUGGUCCAACUGGGAUAAAGGAGGCUGCCCCCCUGGCAGAGCGCACAGAACUGGGCCAGACGGAACCUGCAGUUGACUUUUGUUUUUCUGAUGAUUGAUGCGCGGGUCUGUAACUUACAGAUAGGAAGCAGAUCGGAACCAAAAUGGACCAGGUGACAUGGACGGGCCUGUGUGAUACAGCCCCCCUACAUUUGCUUGUGUUGCCUUUGGAUCAGUAACAGCAGUAAUUAUGUACUGCAGAUCAGCAUGCCCCUGCCCCCGCACCCCCAUCGCACCCCCCAGGCCUGAGGCAGGCAGUGCUGUGCUGGCUACGGUC